AUCAUUUUGUCACUGAAGAAAGCAAUGUUGAAAGCAAUGUUGAAAGUGUAGAAAAUGUGGAAUAUAUUGAAAAUAUAGAUAAUGAUCUCAAAACUCUAUUUAUGAUUAAUAGUGCUGAAGAUGAUGCAUCCAAGUUAUAUAGUGGAAAACUGCUUGAUCAAGAAGACAAGAAAAAUCAAUAUCAAUAUUGGAAGCUUGCUGUACCAAUGAUCAAAAAUGUUGAAAAUACGAACUUUUUGUUUACCCAACAAGAGAACAGUAAGCCAAUAAUUUAUCUAUAUGCAAUUGAUAAAGAAAACAUUGAUUUUGUUGAGAAACAUAUAAGUGUUCUUGAGCAAAAGGCUUUAUAUACUUUACAAACCAAAUCAAAGUCAAAAUGUCUGAUUGAAGUAUUGCAAGCAUUAACUAAUAAGAAUAAUGACAAAUUGUUAAGUAAAGAUAGUCAAGAUGAUGAUUCAACAAGUAAUAAGAAAAACUUAAAUACUGAAAUGCUUCAAUUGCCGGCAGGUACAAAGCAAAUUAAAGCAUUGUAUAAAACAAAUCAAGAUAAAGGAAAACAGCAACAGUGUUGUAAAAAAUGUGAUAACUAUGGUCACUAUCAAAAAAACUGUAAUGUUUAG